AUGUAUACCAAAAACAAACGCCGCCAUAUGUGUACUCCUGUGUACUUUCAGAGUAGGGCAAUUCUUGCACCCACGCUUGAGAGUGUCGAGAAGGUAAACGAUUUUGUCUUGACAAUCUUUCCAGGGAUGGAAAAGGAGUAUUUGAGCUCUGACACAACAUGUCAAGCUGAUGAGAAUGAAGAUGUACAACAAGAGUGGUUCACACCAGAGUUCCUAAAUGACAUCAAAUGUUCGGGACUACCCAAUUACAAGUUGACUUUGAAGCCAGGAGUCGCUGUAAUGCUACUGCGAAACAUAGACCAGACUUCAGGUUUAUGCAACGGGACAAGAUUAAUAGUUAACGAACUUGGCAGCAAUGUAAUUGGAGCGACAGUAGUGACCGGUAGAAAUAUUGGAGAUAAAGUGUACAUUCCAAGAAUGAACUUGAUCCCUUCAGAUUCAGGAUUGCCAUUUAAGUUCCAACGGAGACAAUUUCUAUUGACAGUAUGCUUUGCAAUGACCAUUAACAAGAGUCAAGGUCAAUCAUUAUCACAUGUAGGGCUUUAUUUGUCAAAAUCAGUGUUUACCCAUGGACAACUUUAUGUUGCUUUGUCAAGAGUUAAGAGUCGCAGUGGCCUCAGGGUUUUAAUUCUAGAUGAAGACGGCAAUCCAAAGUCAUCAACAACAAAUGUCGUGUUCAAAGAGGUUUUUAAUAAUAUUUAG